AUGAGCGGCAGAAGCGGAGGACACGUGUCGUCGUUUCGUUCGCUAAAGCCCCUGGAUUUGAGGAGCGAGGAGUCGCGGAAAGCGGCGAUCCCGCUGGGGCCGGAGGGCGCGGUGAUGCACGGGCGGCUCGACAACGGCGUGACGUACUACGUGCGCCGCAACGCCAAGCCGCAGCACCGCGCAGCGCUGGCGCUGGCGAUCCGCGUGGGAUCUCUAGCUGAGGAGGAGGCAGAACGAGGAGUGGCGCACAUUCUGGAGCACCUAGCCUUCAGCGCAACGAGGCGCUACAGCAACCACGACAUCGUGCGCUUCCUCGAGAGCAUCGGCGCCGAGUUCGGCGCGUGCCAGAACGCGUACACGUCAGCAGACGAGACGGUGUUUGAGCUGCAGCUGCCCGUGGAUAAGCCCGAGCUGCUGCCGCACGCCAUCUCCAUCCUUGCUGACUUUGCCAGCGAGAUCCGAGUAUCGGAGGAGGAUGUGGAGAAGGAGAGGGGAGCGGUGCUGGAGGAGUGGCGGGAGAGGAGAAACGCCAUGGGGCGCAUGCAGGACGCACACUGGCAGCUGCUCAUGCACGGCAGCAAGUACGCGGAGCGCCUGCCCAUCGGGCUGGAAUCAGUGAUUCGCGGCGUGCCAGCAGCCGCUGUGAAGCGCUUCUACCACACGUGGUACCACCCCGCUAACAUGGCCGUGGUUGCUGUGGGGGACUUUCCUGACGCUCAGGCGGUGGUGGCGCUCAUAGCAGAGCACUUUGCCGCCAAGCUGCCGCUCUGCCCCUCGGCGCUCUCAGCAGUGCCCGAGGAGCCUUUUCAUCCGCACUCGCAACCGCGCUUCUCUGUCUUCGUCGAACGUGAGGCUGGCGGGUCAGCAGUGAUGGUGACAUGCAAGGCGCCAGUGCAAGCCAUGGUGACCCCCAUGGACUAUAGGCAGUAUCUGGUGGAGGAGCUAUUCCAGGCCGCCCUCUCGCACCGCCUCUUCCUGCUCUCCCGCCGCCCCAACCCGCCCUUUUACGCCGCUGCCGCCACGGUGGAGGCGCUCGUGAAGUCCACGCGCUCGUUCUCCCUCAGCGCCAGCUGCCAGGACAAGGGCACGCUCAAGGCACUGGAGGCUCUGUGGAUGGAGGUCGCGCGGGUGCAAGUGCACGGCAUAUCAGACAGGGAGCUGGCGAUGGCGCGCGUGCAGUGUCUGGCGGACGUGGAGUCGGCAUACGUGGAGAGGGAGCAGACGUACAGCGAGGCUCUCCGGGAGGAGUACCUGGCGCACUUCCUCAAGGACGAGCCCUCGCCCGGCAUUGAGUACGAAGCCAGACUCGCCAAGGCGCUGCUGCCAGGCAUCACAGCAGCGAGGGUGAAUGCGGUGGCAUCAGAGAUAUCUCCCUGCAACAGCUGCGUGGUCACGAUUGGGAGGCCAAGGUUCAGGCCGCCCUCUCUUUACUCCAACCCGCUUCCCUUUGGUCUCCCCCUCCCGCCCCCCUCACUCCCCAGGCAUCACAGCAGCAGAGGUGGCAGCGGUGGCGUCAGAAAUCUCCCCCAGCAGCAGCUGCGUGGUGAAGAUCGUGGAGGCCAAGGCGCAGGCCACCCUCUCUUUACUCCAACCCGCUUUCCUCUGGUCUCCCCCUCCCGCCCCCCUCACUCCCCAGGCAUCACAGCAGCAGAAGUGGCAGCGGUGGCGUCGGAAAUCUCACCCAGCAGCAGCUGCGUGGUGAAGAUCGUGGAGGCCAAGGCGCAGGCCACCGUGGAGGCGAUUCAAGGCGUCAUCGCCCGCGUGAUGCGCGCUAAAGACGCCACUGUGGCUGCCAUGCAGGCUGACGCGGCGAAGAGGGUAGCCCUGGAGGCUGAGGAGGCUGGGAGAGUUGCUCUGGAGGCUGCUGAUGCUGCUGCCAGGGAGAAGGAUGGGGAGGAGUCGGCAGGCGUGGUGGAGAGUGGUGGGGAGGAAGGGGAGAAGGAGGGAGGAGGUGAAGAGGGGAAGGGUGUAGGGAUAGGAGAGGGAGGAGGAGAGGAGAAUGGCGGUUUGGAGGGUGGGGAGGCGGUGGAGCUGAUAAAGCCGUGGACGCUGGACGACAUUCCCGAGAGCAUCGUGCAGACACCGCCUGUACCAGGGGAGGUGGAGGAGCAGAGGGAGUAUCCGGGUGUGGGAGUGACGGAGCUGCGGUUAUCCAACGGCAUGCGCGUGGCGGUCAAAUGCACCGACUUCCUUGACGACCAGAUCCUCAUAUCAGGCUAUGCGUACGGGGGUCUCUCGGAGGUGUCUGAAGCGGACUACUACACGGCGGCCAUGGCGCAGAGCAUCGCGGGGGAGGCGGGCAUAUUCGGCCACCCGCCAGCUGUCAUGGCGGAGCUGCUGGCCGGCAAGCGCGUGGAGGUGGGCGGCAAGCUGUCGUCCUACAUGCGCGUGUUCUCAGGGGAGUGCUCGCCGGACGACCUCGAGACGGCUCUGCAGCUGGUGUAUCAGCUGUUCACGUGCAGCGUACGGGCGGAGGCGAAGGACAUAGCGCUGAUCAAGCAGAUGACACGCGAGGCCGUGCGCGGGCAGCAGCGCGACCCCUUCACUGCCUUCGCCAACCGCGUGAGGGAGAUCAGCUACGGCCGCAGCUACCAGUUCAAGCCAAUAACAGAGUCGGAUCUGAAGCGCGUGGACUACAGCAGGGCGUGUGAGUACUUUGAGCGGGCGUUCAAGGACCCCUCACCCUUCACUGCCGUUAUCGUCGGCAGCACUCGCCUGGAGCAGGCGCUGCCGCUCAUCAAGCAGUACCUGGGCGGCAUCCCAGUGCCUCCCCCAUCAGCCGCCAUGCCGCUCUACGAGCGCGACUCGCUCACGGCGCUGCCCUUCAAGUUCCCCGACUCCCUCAUCCGGGAGGAGGUGAGGAGGGUGAUGGUGGAGGCGCAGGGCUACACGCAGAUCACCUUCCCCCUCACCAUCCCUGCCAGCCCCAAAGUCGUGGAGGAGACGAUGUGGGUGGGCUUCCUCACGAAGCUGCUGGAGACGCGCAUCAUGCAGCUGCUGCGCUUCAAGCAUGGCCAGUCGCUCUCUUUUGAGGCAUUGACUGCCUGCCUCCCUUCCUUCGCCUGCUCCACCCCAUUUCCUGCCCCUCUCACCCGCUCCACCACGCCUUCCACGCCUCUCUCCAUUCCCACUCUCACCCUUUCCCCUCCCAAAUCCCUGCCAUUUCCUUCUACCCGCCUCCGCCCUGUCCGUUCACCUGCCUCCCCUGCCACCUGUUCCCUAUGCCACCAACCCCCUUCACCCCCCCCUCACCUUCCUCGGCAGAUCUACACGGUGGCGGCGUCGUCCUUCCUGGGGGGGGCGCGGCCAUCACGAGGCGGCGGGGUGAGGGGGGACCUGGCAGUCGCCUUCUCCUGCGACCCCACCACCGCUUGUCGCUUUUGCUCUGACUUUCGUUUGGGUUUUAGGAGAUUCUGUUUCUCUACGCGUCUCUGUGUCGAUAUUCUCUCACUCUACUGCAUUCUCCGUUCCACGCCUCUCUGCCGCCACCGCCCUUCAUGUUUCCUCGCUGCUUCCACUCUGCUUCGUCCCUUCUUCUUCGCUGCAUCCACUCACCUUGCCACGCCAGUGAGUCAUCAAGGCUCUCUGCAUCCGUUCAUCUUGCACCCACCCCGGCAGGUGGACCUGAGUGUGGCGGAGAUAGAGCGAGUGCAGAGGGAGGGGCCGGAGGAGUCAGACGUGAAGACGGCACGGGAGUUGGAGCAGCGCGCGCACGAGAUGGGGCUGCAGGAGAACUCCUUCUGGCUCGACCGCGUCGUCAGGGCAUAUCAGACCCGCCUGUAUGACGGCAACGUGGAUGAAUCGUUUCAGGCACUGGAAGACAUUCGCCUGCGUCUCAUCAGCCAGCUCAGCGCUGACUCAGUCCGUGCCAUGCUGACUCAGCUACUCCCAGUGCCGUGCUCCAAGCAGUACACAGCUGUCAGCCUCGUGCCCACGCAGCCCCUGUGGCGCCGCCUGCUGUCGCUGCCGCCCAAGCAGAACCCGGGCCUCACUUCAGAAUCCAAAGCGCUGCUUGUGGUGUUGGCUGCUGCUGCGAUUGGAGUGGCACUGUGGCGGUGCCGACUAAGGCACUAG